AUGGUCGAAGACUCUAAAGUUAGAGAUGCUCUAAAGACGGGUGAAAAGAAGUCUUUACCGGCUUCCUUGGUGCCUCAAGCCCCUACUGUCCUUACCUCCAAGGACAAAGUGGCCCAGAGACUGGUGGUGGUGCUGUCGAUGGCCUCUCUAGAAACACACAAAAUCUCCUCUUCAGGUCCAGGCGGUGACAAGUAUGUGCUGUUGAACUGUGACGACCACCAAGGUCUUCUCAAAAAAAUGGGUCGAGACAUCAGCGAGGCCCGGCCGGACAUCACACAUCAGUGUCUGUUGACGCUACUAGACUCUCCCGUCAACAAGGCAGGUAAACUACAAGUAUAUAUACAGACCAGCCGCGGGGUGUUGAUCGAAGUCAAUCCAACAGUGCGCAUUCCAAGAACCUUUAAAAGAUUUUCUGGACUCAUGGUGCAACUUCUUCACAAGUUAUCAAUCAGAUCUGUCAAUUCCGAGGAAAAACUCCUGAGAGUGAUAAAGAACCCCAUUACCGACCAUCUUCCUACGAAGUGUCGCAAGGUGACCCUCUCCUUUGACGCCCCAGUGGUGCGUGCUCAAGAUCACAUCGAAAAGCUUGCUGACGAUGAAAGUAUAUGCGUUUUCGUGGGCGCCAUGGCCCGAGGAAAGGAUAAUUUCGCAGACGAGUUUGUGGACGAGAAGAUCGGCCUUUCCAACUAUCCACUUUCCGCGUCCGUGGCCUGCUCCAAGUUCUGUCACGGAGCUGAGGACGCAUGGGGCAUCAUGUAA